UCCUUCCACAGACGUUGCCGCAGCCUUGGCAAUGUCGGCAGCAAUUUGCAACGCCGCCACUGUGGUAACGCUGACCGAUGGACGCGUGUCUGGCAUAAAUGAAUUGUCAACAAAGGGAAGAGAAUUCUUCUCCUUUUACGGCAUUCCGUACGCCAAACCGCCUUUGGAAAAACUCAGACUGAAGGAUCCAGUGCGAGCUGAUAAGUGGACAGGCAUACGAGAUGGGUCCAAAAUGCCCUCUCCUUGUCUGCAAGUGUCCUUCGCACAAAUGAUUUUGGGCCAAACUCUUUCUCCAGAUGAAAUGGUUGGCGACGAGGAUUGUCUCUACCUCAAUGUCUUCACACCUAAGAGUAAGAAACCCGAGGAAAGGCUCCCUGUGAUGGUUUGGUUACACGGUGGAGGAUUCUUCAGUGGAGGAGGCCAUGAGUAUCUACCACAUGUACUCAUGAAUCACGACAUUGUGCUAGUUGUCUUGCAGUUCAGACUCGGCACUCUAGGAUUCUUGUCCACGGAGGAUGAGGUAAUGCCUGGGAACUAUGGCAUGAAGGACCAGGUCAUGGCCCUCCGCUGGGUGCAGGACAACAUCCACAGCUUCGGGGGAGACGCGGAGAGGGUCACCAUCUUCGGGGAGAGUGCCGGAAGUGUCUCCGCCCACUGCCACAUCCUGUCACCCAUGUCAAAGGGCUUGUUCGCUCGUGCCAUUCUGCAGUCUGGGUCCGCCAUCUCCCCUGGUGCCCUGAGCGAGCGGAGCCGAGAUGCCGCUCUUCGCAUCAGCCAGAUCCUGCGCUGCCCGGAAACCAUCCUUAGCGAGGACCUCUCCCGCUGCUUCCAGACGGCCGAGGGAACUGAGAUCGCGGCCUCGGUACAGGAGCUCUCAGAGUGGUUCAUCCUGCCCCGCCCGAUGACUCCUCGCGUGGAUGGCGACUUCCUUCCCGACGAACCAGCGACCCUCAUGCGGCAGGGGAGGUACAACCGCGUCGAUCUCAUGGCCGGAGUCACCAGAGACGAGGGAGGGAUGGUAGCAAACCCCCUGUUCUUUCGAGAAGACCUUUCUCGUGCCCUCAAGAAUAACUUCACCACUAUUGGUCCCAUGAGCCUAAGUUGCCAGAAUGAGGAAGACCCACUUUCUCUGACCACGAAGUUAUAUGAUUACUAUUUAGGAGACUUGACCAUCGACGAACAAAACAUUGAAAAAAUAGCACAGGUCAACUUUCAGAUGUAUGGCGACUGGCUAUUCAAAGUGCCACAUGACAUAACCUCGCUGCUCUUCGCCCGAGACCCUGACGUCAAAAUCUAUCGAUACGAGUUAAUGCACAGAGCCAGGCACUCCUUUGGGAAUGCUAUGAACGUACCAGCCGGGAAUAACUGGAUUACUCACGCCGACGACCUUCAUUACCUGUUCAGUGGCGGGCCUCUCUUCCCCCCAAACACGGAAGACCUGAUGGGCGAAGGCGAUGUCAAGCUAAGAGACAUCAUCACUACCAUGUGGACCAACUUCGCUGCAACUGGGAUCCCGACGCCCGACGACUCCCUGGGCUUCACGUGGGAGGCGGCGACGGAGAGCAGCUUCCGGCACCUCGCCCUCAAGCCCUCGCCCGAGAUGGAGGACGACCAGCGGCAGGAGGUGCGUCGCUUCCUCACUUCGCUGCCAACCAAAGUCAACAAGCUGCUGCAACCUGAUUGCAACUUCGCAGAACUCUCGCAGGAAGGAAUGUGAUAUCGCCAGCUAGAUCCUUCUCACCUGGUCCCUUCCCCCACUUCUUAUGUUAUAUUAUGCACAGAAAACGCCAUUAACAAACCCUACCGCUGCA